CACCCACAACAGCUCCUCACAAAGGCGCACCUUGCCUCACAGGUGAGUCUGUCAGAGGAAACCUGGUCCUUCGAGAAUGAGCAGAAGCUUGGACUGAGAUGGAUUCCUCCCUCUCCAAAGGUGGAGCAAAGCCCGGGGGCGACCAGCCAGCAGUGGUCACCUCGGGUGGUCUGCAGGCGACAGGAGACGCAGACCUGAGCGGCAAGCAGCAGAGCGAGCUUCCGCCCGGACGGCUGGCAGUAACUGAAGAUGAUCUGGAUAUAUGCUCAAUGGACAGCUCUCCAGACAGUGAAGAUGAGGACAGCGACAAGAAAGCAAAGAAGAAAAAGAAGCUGAAGAAGAAGAAGAAGCAGGACUCAGGCUCAUCCUCGUCUUCGUCUUCCUCCUCUUCAUCCUCUUCCUCUUCCUGCUGCUCCAGUAGCUCCUCAGACAGUGACAGUGAGGAUGAAAAGAAGAAAAAGAAGAAGAAGAAGAAGGAAAAGGAGAAAGAUGUCUGGCAUAGCGUUAUCAUCUGCCAGGAAGGUCCCGAGGGCCUUGAGGAACACCUGAAGGUAAAGCUGGAUUACAGCUCAUCAGACGACAAGAAGAAAAAGAAGAAGAAGGACAAGAAGAAGAAGAAGAAAAAGAAGGAUUCCUCUUCCUCCUCAUCGGACAGCUCAUCGGACAGCGAAGAUGAAAAGAAGAAAAAGAAAAAAAAGCAGAAGAAAAAGAAAAAGAAGAAGAAGAAGGAUUCGAGUUCAUCUUCUACAACUAGCUCCUCCUCUUCUUCAUCUGACAGUGAGGAAGACAAAAAGAAGAAGAAGAAAAAGAAGAAGAAAAAGAAGAAGGACUCCAGUUCUUCUUCUGAUAGCUCAUCUUCUUCAUCAUCAUCUUCUUCCUCUGAUAGUGAGGAUGACAAGAAAAAGAAGAAGAAGAAAAAAAAGAACAAGAAGAAGAAGAAAAAGAAGGACAAAAAGGUAAUUAGUUGUUAAUAACUUAACUUUUGA